UUUUAGUCUGUUUAGCAAAAUGGAAUUUGACCAAAUGGAAAAAAUUAGUUUAAAAGAUUUUGGACGGCGCUUGGCUCUUUUGCUUCAAGAAAAAUAUGGUGGAUAUGAAUCUCUAGAAGAACUAAUCAAGGAAUUCAGAGGAUUUCAUCAAUUUGACCCUGAACAGAAGGCGAUAUUACUAGGCUUUUCGUCUCUUCAGCAAUUAUUGCACUCUAGAGAGAUGUUUGAGUAUGUUAAUGUCCUUACAACAACAAAGGAGAAUGGAGAGAGAGUGACGAUUUAUACUGGCAGACAUCUCGACGGUGUAAAUGCAAUUAAACAAGCAAAACGACGAAAGCAGAAACAACUUCGGCAAGAGAGGAGUCAAUUUUGGCAGAAAGAAAUGAAUCGAAUGGACGAAUCUCAAAAAGAAAAUCAUGGACCAAGUAAAAACAAUCAAAAUAUUGGAAAUCAACAGCCGAGUAGAAAUACGUUUUCAAUAUUUCGUUCACCUCGACAGCCUCCUUCAAAUUUUAAUUCUGCAAAAUUAAUAAGAACAUUAGAGGAAAUUCGAAAUGAUGAAAGACGUCAACAACAACAAAAACAACAAAAAAUGUUAAAUAUUGAAAGGGAAUCGAGAAGGGUUUCUAAAAGAGACGUGGCUACAGAAACUGAGAAGACUUGCACGAAAUGUAUUUGUACAGGCUGUGUUCGCUUUACAAAAUUGAUUUAUAAAUUGGUUGCUCUAGUAAAGGAAAAACGACGGAAAAAUGUUGAGUUGAACAAGACAUAUGAUAAGAGAAGCAAUAUUUCAAUUAGGUUAAAUGAUAUAUCUGAACAACCCGAAGAAGCAAAUUUAAUUGAAUUAUCGACUCCAAAUGUAACUAGAGCAAGUCUUAAAAUGCAAAAUGGGAGGAAUGAAAAUGAGUCUGUCAGUGAUUUAAUUAAAUUUUCUGGAAAUAGUUCUAGAUUGGAAUGUGAAGUGGGGCGCAAUUCUGUUGUGGAUUCACUCAAUAAUAUUGGUAAUUUUGUUUAA